UAGAAAAAAAAUUUGGUACCCAAACAAAGCCUUCCUGGCAGCUACCAUCUCUUUCGCUCUCGGCUCUCACUUCCUCUGCACAGAUCUACGCCACCCAACGACGUCGUUUCGAGAAUAACGAAGCUCCUAGCCCUAGAAACCUUCUCUGCGGCCAUAAAUGGCGCUCAAUCUUCGUCAGAAACAGACUGAAUGCAUAACUCGAAUGUUGAAUCUGAAUCAACCGGUGAACUCAACCGGAACGGCAAAUGAAGAAGUUUACAAGAUUUUAAUAUAUGACAAGUAUUGCCAAAACAUGCUCUCUCCUUUAAUUCAUGUGAAAGAUCUUCGUAAACAUGGUGUAACCCUAUAUUUCCUCAUUGAUAAAGAUCGAAAACCUGUACAUGAUGUACCUGCCGUCUACUUUGUCCAACCCAAUCAGUCCAACAUUCAGCGAAUUGUUAAUGAUGCCUCUCACUCACUCUAUGAUAGCUUCCACCUCAAUUUCUCUUCAUCAAUCCCUCGACCGCUUCUUGAGGAUCUUGCAUCUGGAAUGUUGAAUUCAGAUUCAAUUAAUCGAAUUUCUAAGGUGCAUGAUCAGUAUUUGGAGUUUGUCACAUUGGAAGAGAAUUUGUUUUCGUUGGCACAGAAAUCGAGCUAUGUUCAGUUGAAUGAUCCCUCAGCAGGGGACCGAGAAAUUGAGGAGAUAAUCGAAAAGAUUGUGAGUGGACUGUUUUGUGUUCUUGCCACACUUGCAGUAGUGCCCAUUAUUCGAUGCCCCCGUGGUGGGCCUGCAGAGAUGGUUGCUUCUGCUCUGGAUCAGCGAAUGCGAGAUCAUUUACUGUCAAAGAAUAAUUUAUUUUCUGAAGGUGGGAAUUUUGCGAGUUCAUUUCAGCGGCCAAUUUUGUGUAUAUUUGAUCGGACUUUUGAGCUAUCAGUUGGUAUCCAGCAUGACUUUAGGUAUCGACCACUUGUUCAUGAUGUGCUGGGUUUGAAGCUUAAUAGGUUGAGUGUGCCGGGGGAGAAGGGUGGGAUGCGAUCAUAUGAGUUAGACAGUUUUGAUCCAUUUUGGGUGGCAAAUGGGUCAUUGGAAUUUCCUGAAGUUGCCAUUGAGAUAGAGACACAACUGAAUAAGUAUAAGAAGGAUGUUGACGAGGUGAAUAGACGGACAGGUGGAAAUGCUGAGGAGUUUGAUGGGCAAGACUUGAUUGGCAAUACAAAGCAUUUAAUGAAUGCUGUGAACUCACUGCCUGAACUGACUGAGAGGAAGCAGGUGAUUGAUAAGCAUACCAACAUUGCAACAGUGUUGUUGGGUGAGAUCAAGGAGAGGUCUCUUGAUUCUUAUGCUAAAAAAGAGUAUGACAUGAUGGUCAGAGGAGGCAUUGAUCGGAAUGAACUUCUAAGUGUCCUAAAAGGUAAGGGGACUAAGAUGGACAAACUACGAUUUGCAAUUAUGUUUCUAAUUUCUACAGAAAGCAUUCCUCAGUCAGAAGUGGAAAUGGUGGAAGCAGCCCUCAGAGAGUCUGAAGUUGAUACUAGUGCAUUUCAGUAUGUGAAAAAGAUCAAGUCUUUGAAUGUCUCAUUGGCAUCAGCAAAUUCUGCCAGCAGAAGUAACAUUGUUGAUUGGGCUGAGAAACUCUAUGGGCAGUCAAUUAGUGCUGUUACUGCUGGUGUUAAGAAUCUAUUAUCUAAUGAUCGGCAGCUAGCAUUGACAAGGACAGUAGACGCCUUGAUGGAAGGAAGGCCUAAUCCUGAAAUUGAUUCCUAUGUUCUGUAUGAUCCUCGAGCUCCUAAGUCAAGCUCUGGAGCAAGCCAUCUGAAAGGACCAUUUAAAGAAGCUAUUGUAUUCAUGAUUGGUGGUGGUAACUAUGUGGAGUAUGGAAGCUUGCAAGAGCUUGCACUUCGGCAGCAGCCAGUCAAGCAUGUUAUAUAUGGAACAACAGAAAUUCUCACAGGGGCAGAGUUUGUAGAGCAGCUUAGUCUGUUAGGACAGAAGAUGGGAUUAGGUAGUAGCAGUGCUCCUCCAACCCAUUAAGAAGUGUACUCCAAGUUUGCUUUUUCAAUCAUGAAAUCUGACGGUGUAUAUGCACAUAAGUGUGUUCAUGGGAAAUUAAAAUUGUUGAAGAGUGCUAUUUGAGAGAGUCAAUUGAAGCUGGUAGCAGGAGGAGUGCCUAUGCAUUUUUUGGUUUUGAAUUCCAGGCCCUCAUGGGACUUUAAAUGGGCUACAGCUGACAUUCUGUAAGGUUAUAGAAGAAUGUGUUUAUUAUUUUCAUUAAUAUGAGUAGGUUUCUAGUAUUGAAAAUUCUCUGUUUUGAUCAUUUUUAUCAUAUUGAACUGCUUAAUAUCUGGGAAUCAAAUUGCUCUCCUUCUAACUCCA